AUGGUGGCUUAUGCAGCUGUGGUUUCUCUUAUGCAAACCAUCCAUCUGAUCGAGCAUCAUCCAUUCCCUCCAAUUUCCAUGGACAAACAACAAGUUGAAUCUCUUACUGAAACUGUUAUGUUCUUGCAGGAAUUUCUUGAAGGUUACAAGUCCCCUGUUGCCGAGGGUGAUGAAGCCGAUCAGUUGGAGAUGCGCAUCGCAGAUGCAGCUCAUGAGGCUGAAGAUGCUAUCGAAUCUCAUAUCGCCGAUCAAAUUCUUCCUGCUGUCUCUAGGAAUGAAAGGAAUCGGAUUGGGUUGUUCAAUUGCUUUCGAGGUCUAAAGAAGCCCCAAAUUGAUGCUCCAAAAAUCACUUCCGCAGACUUGUACGAUAGUCUGCGGAAGGUGAUUCAAGAUAUGGAUGUGAUAAAGAAACAAGUGACGCAGAUCGUUGCAGACAAGGCAGCAGUCCACUCUCAGCUGCAGAGACAAAUAUCAACGUCGACAUCUUCUCUCUCUAGAACGAACAGCACCAUGAUGGGAUCUGAUGAUGUCAUGCAUCAACUCAUGGAUAAGCUCACCAAUAGAGAUCCCCAUCGCCAAGUCAUUCCGAUUGUAGGGAUGGGAGGAAUUGGUAAGACUACUCUUGCCAGAAAUGUUUAUGCACGAUUUACUAAUGUGCAUUUUGAUAUUUGUGCUUGGGUAGCAAUUUCUCAACAUUAUGACAUAAAAAAACUUCUUUGUGAUAUUCUAUCUCAAGCCAGUAAUGAAUGGGGUAGUGAAAAAGGUCGUGAACGGCUGAGUAGAAUGAGAGAAGAUGAAGUAGGACUAGCACUCCAUAAAUAUUUAUUUGGUAGAAGGUUUUUAGUUGUUUUGGAUGAUAUGUGGAGUAUUGAAGCGUGGGAGAGAAUGAAGAGCUAUUUUCCUGACAAUGAUAAUCGUAGUCGGAUAAUGGUGACAACUAGACUGUCAGAUUUGGGAUCACGAUUGGAUAACAAUAAUGUUGUUGAUAUGAGAUUUUUGGAUGUGGAAAGUAGCUGGAGGCUGUUUUACAAAGUUGUGUUUGGAGGGGGAAGUUGCCCCGUAGAAUUGGAGAAAAUUGGGAGGAAUAUUGUAGAGAGUUGUAGAGGACUUCCAUUAUCGAUUGUUGUGAUGGGAGGUCUUUUGGAAAGACUUGAACGAACUAAAGAAUGUUGGGAGUCUAUCAAGAGAAGCUUAAAUUCAGGAGUGAAAUUAGAGAACUAUGAUCAUUGCUUGAAAAUACUGAAAUUGAGCUACAACCAUAUGCCGAUUCAUCUAAAGCCGUGCUUUCUAUAUAUGGGAGUGUUUGAGGAAGAUAGUGUAAUUCGAGUCUCUACAGUGGUGAAGCUAUGGGUUUCUGAAGGAUUUCUGAAUCCGAUGAGCGGCAAGAGUUUGGAAACAGUUGCAAGAGAGUGCUUAAAGGAACUAGUUGAUAGAAAUCUAAUUAUUCUAGUUAAUGAGUUGCGGUACUCAACACCGCAUCAUAUAUUUUGCAGUGCUUCAUGCUCCCAGUUAACUGGGAGCAUGAAGUACUGCAAAAUACAUGAUUCUUUAAGAGACCUAUGCUUGAGAGAAGCUGAAAAUGAGAGGUUUUAUCAUGUGGUUGGGAGACAUAGCCCCCUAGGCACAUGUAGCCAACGCCGCCUCGUAGUUAUUCCAAGAGGCACUUCAAAGGAGAAAGUCCGCAAUGCCAUGAAAUCCACACCACAUGCCCGUUCCUAUAUAAGUGAUCAUGAAAGAGUUCGAGGGUUGUCCAAUUUAAGAUUGUUGAGAACAUUGAAAGCAUACGAAAAGGUUGGAUAUGGAAUAUUUGGAGGACACAAGCAUUCCGUAGGAGAAAUGUUUGAGUUAGUUAAUUUGCGGCUUCUUGUUGUUAAAGCUGAUCGAUGCCCCAAACUUCCUUCUUCAAUCAGCCUCUUGUGGAGUCUACAGACUUUAAUUGUUUAUUGCAAAGGAUCAGACGUAAAAGCACCGGUAGAAAUUUGGAAGAUGCCUCAACUUAGGCAUGUUUAUUUGGGGUUGUCUCUGGUAACGACGUUCACAGCGUUGCGUCUCCCGGAUCCUCCCAGCGACAGCGUUGUGGUCAUGGAGAAUCUACAGACGCUCAAAUGUGUGAGGAAUUUCAAGUGUGAUGAGGAGAUGGUUGGUAGAAUUCCAAACAUCAGGAAAUUGGGACUCGUUUAUGAUCGUAAGGGGAUUGAGCCUCGCGGUGUCUGCAACAUUGAAUGUCUGCAAAAGCUAGAAUCUUUUAGCUGCUAUUGUUUUAGAAGGGAUGAUAUAUUGCAGAAGCUUACCUUUCCACACUCUCUUAGGAGUCUGACUCUGACUCUAGCGUAUUAUGGUAGCGUGGAGGAUGUAUUGGAAAAGGUAAGUAUAUUACCCCUUCUUCAGAAGCUCAAACUGGAAUCUGGAUGGUUCAGAACGGGCGAAUGGGCAACAGUUGAAGGGCAGUUCCCCAGUCUCAAAUUGUUGUCACUGUCAUGGUGUAAGAAUUUGGAAAACUGGAUGAUGGAGAGCUCCCACUUCCCAUGCCUCGAGCACCUUCAUCUUUCUUGGAUAGAUUUGAAGGAGAUUCCUGCAGAAGUUGGUGAGAUUCCGACGCUGAAAUCCGUGAGGUUGGUUUGUUGCGAAGAAUCAUUGGUGAAGAGUGCGAAGAGAAUGGUGGAGGAACAAGAGGAGUCACAAGGAGAAGUAUCCAUUAAAGUUUAUGUUAUGCUCGAGAAGAAGAGCAAAGAGCUGCAAAGCUUGGCAGAUCCCAACUUUCAAGAAUUUCUCGAGGGCUAUCAUUCUCCUUAUGCCGACAGCGACGAAGCAGAUCCCUUGGAGAUUCGCAUUGCAGAUGCAGCUUAUGCAGCUGAAGAUGUGAUCGACUCAAUUCAUUAA